UCAGUUGCAUACAUAUAAUUCAAAAUUUAAAAUAUAUCUAACUAAAAUGAGUGAUGCGGCCUUAUUAAGCAAAUUUACAAAACUCUCAAUUGGUGGAAUGGGUAAUUCUGAUGCAUGGCGAUUUAAUCGACUUACUCACAAAUGGCAAAAAUGUGAAUUAGCGGAUCCUGCUAAUCCGUUGCCUGAUACUUUAGCUUCUUUUUCAUUAGUAUCACGCGGCCAGCCUUCAAAUUUUGGUUGUUCUUCUAAUGAGGCAUACAUUUUUGGUGGUACAAAAGUGCCCUUCGGUGGAAAUUCAAACACCAAUAGACUUUAUUGGAUUAAAAUUGACAGCCUUGGUAAAAUCCAUUUAAAGGUGAUUUUUAUUUUAGAGAGGGUAAUUUUUUGUUUAUUUGAGCUUCAAUCUGUUAGCGGGCCGUUGUCACUCCCAAAGAUUUAUGGACAAGGAAUGUGUCGGUGCAUUGAAAGGCGUGCGAAUGGAAAAACUUUUGAAGUACUUUAUAUUAUUGGUGGGACUGAUGGACACGAAUAUACUAUGGAUGUUUAUCGCCUUCAACGAGAUAUUGCUGCACCUCUUAAUGAAAGCUGGGAAUUAGCGAUACUUAAUGAGCGAAAUAUUGAUGAAGAUGGUCGUUACCGAUUAGAAGUUGUUCCCUUUCAAAAUUUUUUGGUAACUUUUGGUGGUUCAAUUUCAAAUCAAUUUAUUUUCAAACUUGAUGUUCUUACUGUUUUUGACAUUGAAAUGAGACGAUUUGAGAAAAUCCAAACAAAACCGGACCCUGUUUAUGGAUUCCCUGAAGAGAGAAGUUGUCAUUCUAUUGUACACCGAGAAGAUUUUGUUUAUUUAAUUGGAGGAUAUGGAAUGGAAAUGGAUGGAUGUAUUUUUGUAUUUGGGGGUGUUGAAAGGCAGAAUACACAAGAACGUCGCGAAAGAAGAGUAAAUGAUUUACAAAGAAUGUGGCUUCAACCACCUUCUCUUUGUUAUUUUGCCUCAAUAAGUCUUUUACGUCAUGUGCCAGAUCGUCAACUUUUACGUUUAACAAAUGAUUGUGUUAGAUGUAGUGAUAUGUCAAUCCCCGUUAUUGGGCGUCAUUGGCGCGAUGGUUUAACAGAAGGAUUAAUUAGUGAUGAUUUUCCAAUACAACCACCUGAAUGUAUUUUGUUAUAG